ACACUUUCUAAAGUAAUGUCCAGAUCUAAUCUCUGUCUAUGUGCCGCGGCCCUUUUCUCAAGCUGCCUGCCCUGGAGUCAAAUGAUUCACAUCCCUUACCCUCCGUUUUUGUCUCCGUCGCUCUCGCGGACUGGGCAACUUCUGAAAUUCGCCUUCACAACGCAACUGGGUGUGUCCAGGAGUAUCUUAAUAAAUGGAUCACGCAGCAAGUACAAAACGCGAUGUCCUGGAGCUCAUGCUACUCGAUGAAAGUGUAGAGCCGACUGACCUGCCAUUGUCACUUUUGGAAGACAUUACAAAUAAUUUCUCAGCUGAUAAGGAAAUUGGCAGGGGUGGGUUUGCGGUGGUAUACAAGGGAAUGAUUCGGAGCGGAACGAUUGCUGUUAAGAAAUUGUCCCAUACGUAUAUGCAUGAGAAGAAAUUCCAUCAAGAGAUUGAAUGUAUGAUGAAAGUGAAGCACAAAAAUAUAGUACGUUUUCUUGGAUAUUGUGCUAAUACACAAGGGAAAAUGGAAAGCUUCAACGGAAAGCUUGUCAUGGCAGAUGUACAACAAAGAUUGCUUUGCUUUGAAUAUGUAGCUAAAGGGAGUCUCCGUGAUCAAAUUACCGAUGCAUCCAGUGGACUUGAAUGGAGGCAACGCUAUGAAAUAAUCAAAGGAAUCUGCAUAGGUUUGAAUUAUCUUCAUCGGAAUCGUAUUGUACACUCAGAUCUGAAACCUGCUAAUAUACUGCUAGAUUAUGAUAUAGUGCCGAAAAUUGCUGACUUUGGUCUCUCAAGGUGCUUUGAUGAAAAGCAAAGCUGGGCUAUUACUUCAAAUAUUUGGGGAUCACUAGGUUAUUUACCACCGGAAAUUCACAGUGGAAUAAUCACGUUCAAGUCGGAUAUAUAUAGUCUCGGUGUUAUAAUAAAAGAGAUAUUGACAGGACAAAAGGUGUCCCCCGAGGAUUAUGAUGUAAUAGAAAGUUGGAGAGACAGGUUGGAGACAAGCUCACAGUUGGAACAGUUAAGAGUAUGCUUUGAGAUAGGGACAGAAUGCACUGACUAUGACCCAAGGAGGAGACCAGAUGCAAAGCAAAUAGUCGAUAGGCUUGUUAAAGCGGAGAGUAUGGAUAGGUUUACGGAGACCGACGUGAGUAACUUUUUUUCGAUAGCACCGGUAGUUGUUCAACAGGCAGAAAUGACUUCUAGUGGGCUGCAGCAAGGCACACCUAAAAUCCUAAGGAGGGGAAGUUCCAAGAGAAGUCACAACGAAAAGGACGACCAUGAGGGGCGCCAGGUGAAACUGGCGACUGUUCGCGAACAACGUAAAGCAGGGGAUCCGAUGCUGUUCCGCUGGAUCAUAGCUGGUACUGCCGCUCCCGUUGCCUACUGGUGCGUGCUGCUGGAACCUAAAGUAGCACUGCAACCUAAAGCACGGGAGAUCCGAGAGCUGUUCUGCUGGAGCUUAGCUGCUGCUGCCGCUGCCUGCUUGUGCGUGCCGCUGCAACCUAAAGCAGGGGAGAUCAGGAAGCUGUUCGGCUUCUGCAUGGUUCUUACUGCCGCUGGCUACUGGUACGUGCUGGGGGAGAUGAGGCCGCUGUUCGGCUGGUGCAAAUCUGCUGCUGCUGUCACUGCCUACUGCUGCAUGCUGCAACUGUUUCGCGGCGCUCCGGCUUAUCUGAAAACGGCUCCGGAUCAUGUGGCGGAGUGGCUUCUCCGGCUCCGGCUCCUCCUUUUGAAAACCGUUUGGCAAAACGUCUCUUCCGUGUAGUUUAAAAUAGUUAGAUAAGAUGAAAUACCUAUAAUACCCUUUUAUUUUCCUUUUCCUUUUUUCUUUUCUUCCUAUUUAUUUUCCUUCUUUUUUCAAUAAUUUUCCUUCUUCCUGUAUAUAAUGUGAGAAGGAUUAAUUAAAAUAAUUACAGAUUAAAAUAAAUGCAAAGGGACUCCUCCCUCCUUUUCUUUGUUUUCUUUUUUUCCUUCA